AUGAUUGACGACGACGACGACGUAAACGACGACGUCGUGGUAAUGAUAAGUUGGUGCGAGAGAAAAGGCAGACGCGUGACGACGAGGAAAGAGACGAAAUCAGGGACGAUAGUUUCAGACGAAGCGCCGCUCGUUUGGCUCGCCGGUUGCGAAAAAGACGACGACGACGAUGCAGACGAGUAUUGUCACCGAUGUUUUGAGAAGAUAACGAAACCAAACGCGUCUUUGAAAUCCUCUUCUUCCUUCGUCGUCGAGUGCGAAUACUGCAACGUCGAAAAGUACUGCUCCGUCGAUUGCCGUCGAUUGGCCGCGUCUGAGUAUCACCGUAAGAGCGGCGAGUGUUUCGCCUUUGAAACUGGUAAAGACGCUGAAAAGAGCGAUCCAACGCGCUAUCCAUUCGACGACGUGCCCAAUCGGUUCGCCAUACGCGCGUAUGCAAAAUUAGGAGGUUGGACCGGUUUGGAAAAGACUCUGGAGGAGAAGAAGAAAGUUUCGGAAAAUCUGCGGAAACAUUUGAACGAGUGCGUGGCGCACGUUCCAAAUGAUUAUCAUCACGACGAUAACAAGAAGAAUUUCUUAUCGACGCUGUGUUCGAAUACGCGUGCGUUGAUGGGUGCCGACGAGGAAAUCGUAAAGGAGGAAGACUUUGUUCGAGCCGCUUGGGCGAUGCGCGCCAACGCGCACACGCUUUACGAUUAUAAUUAUGAUGAUGAUGACAACAACAACAACAACAACAACAAAAAGAAGAGAAGAAGAAAAAAGAUUGGCGUUGGUUUAUUCCCAGAGGUAUCGCGUUCGUACAAUCACAGUUGCGAGCCAAACGCGUUUUUUGAAAACGUUCGUCUUCGUCUUCGCGUUCGAUUGAUAAAAGACGUCGCGAGCGGGGAGGAGAUUACGAUAUCCUACUUGAACGACGACGAGAAGGGAGAAAAACGCCAGCACCGUCGGGAGUUGUUGAAGAAACAAUACAACUUUGAUUGCGAAUGCGCGAAAUGCGAACGCGAAAAGUAG